AUGGAAGGCGAAAAUAGCAUCAUCAACUUGACGACCAUCGGUGUGGAGGAUGACGUCGGUACGAGUGAGAUCAUUGUGGUCGGAGGCAUCUCUUUGACCGAAAGUAAGUGUAGCCUCCAAGAAGAAGAUGGUUUAGAAUUCUUCUCCUCGCUGAGCUUGUUUUUCUCCUGUAUAAUGGUCUGCAUGUGUCUGGCCGGGGCUAUCAUGAAUACGGUCAGUUUGUUUAUCUUCACCCGGCCCUCCUUCCGGAAGCGGUCGAUUAAUGUGUUGUUGAGUGGCCUGAGUGCUUCUGAUCUGGUGCUCUGUAUCUUGGCCAUCCCCGUCUUCUGCUUCUCGCAGUUACAGCAGAUAAUUCCAGGUAUGUUUUCAUCCAUCAUAACUUUUAUGCCUUCCCUUGUGGACAUCAUAAACAAGGGUUACAUAUAACCGCAAUGACGGCCGUGCUUUUCCAGGGAUCUCGUUCACAAUGUUGGCCCAGAUCCUUGUUUACGCAUAUCCCGUGACAAUCAUGGCUCAGACCAUGUCUGUGUGGAUGCUGGUUAGCAUCACCGUGGACAGAUAUCUGGCUGUUUGUCAUCCUUUUCUCGUACGGGUGUAUUGUACAACGUAGGUUAAAUUUAAUGAAUUUUAAAAUAUGAAGAAGACGAAUACAUAUCUUUGUUUCUAGUACUAGAGCUCUUUUGACAACAGCCGUCAUCUUUGUAUUCUCCGUCGGUUACAAUUUUGUCAGAUUCUGGGAGUAUACGAUAAGUGAUGACCCGAAUAUGCCUGAAGAAAUGCUAAUUGUGGGGCUGCUGAGGGAGAACCAAAUUUAUAUGGUGCUCUAUCAGAACAUCGCCAUGUUAUUGACCCAGUUUGUUCUCCCUCUGAUGGUGCUAUGCAUUCUCAAUCUUCAGGUGAACCAAUAGCUUUUUAGUCAGCAUGAUGAAUAUAAUCAAUUACGGCUUUGCAAUGCUUACUUUAGGUGGCCAAAACAAUACUAGAAGCUGGGGAGACCCGAAGAGAAUUGGUCGCCUCAGAGAAACGGGAGCACAGUACUGCCAAGAUGAUGCUUUUCGUGGUUAUUGGUGGGUAUUUUCGUUUGAGUUUAUGCCUAAUCCAAGGUUUAUCUUCUAAUUUUUUUUUUCAGUAUUCAUCUUUUGUUAUAUGCUGAGCUUCUGCCUGAAUGUUUUGGAGAUCUUUAAUCCGGAUCUUUUCAAGAAUCACAUUGGUUUCCUUCUGAAUGAUGUCAACAACAUCCUUGUGGUCGUCAACUCUUCUUCCUCCUUUAUUUUCUAUGUCAAAUACUCUAGUAGAUAUCGUGCUCAACUUCGGACGAUGCCAGUUAUCGCUUUCUUUGCUGCCAGAUGCUGUUUCGAAAACCGGAAUACCAACUUUUCGGACAAAUCGGGCGAAAGAUCCGAGAAUUACAUGACUUUGACGGGAUAUUCGAGUAGACAGACCGUCUACACAUCCGCCACGGCCUUGGACAACAGCCAGGUGGACACGUCUUUAAAACCUCCAGUCAGAAAAUUCUGA